AUGUGCACUGAUACGACCAUAGCUAGCCGAGGCCUUAUUGGGGAUAAUACCGCUGUUCCUUGUGUGACUGGUACCUGUUCUUCUUGGAGCAAUCUCAACACAAGAACAUACUGUACUGAUUAUAGUAGUCUUCUCGAUGUUAGUUCUGGUGAAAAAUAUGACACACUAACAAUAACACUCGGCAUUCCAUUCAGUGUUGCUUUUGUCUCAUCAGCUUGGUUUGCAAAUCUUGUUAUUGGUGCUAAUUCCGGAUGGAAUCUUGUCAAUCGACUAAAUACUAUCGUUAGACCUGAUGGAUAUGUAAAUUCAAGUCCUUUGGCGACUACUCUUCCUGUUAUCUACAAAGCUAUCAAUCAACAACAUGUACAUGUUGUUCAAGUAUCUGAUUUUGAUGGUACUGAUGAAUUAAAAUGUCGUUGGUCAACAUCAUCCAGCAAUUAUAAUUCAUAUAAUGAAUGUGGUGGUGUUUGCUCAGGUGUACCUGGUGCCGUUCUUCUCACUAUACAAAUUGAAGACUAUUAUGAUAGUACAUCAACAACACCAAUGAGUUCUGUUCCACUUCAAUUUCUCUUUUAUGGUUAUGCUGUACCCAGUGGUUGUAAUACUCAACCAAGUAUCAUUGGUAAUCGACCGAAUCGAGCAUGUAUUGGCACACAGAUUGGAUCCAAUGUCACUGAAUAUGUUAUUGCACAAAUUGGUUGUACAGGAAAAACUAUUGUCGAUUUCGUUUCUAGUUCUCCAGUUGGUAUGACAAAGAGUACUAUUCAAAAUCCAAGUACUGGUAUCUAUCAAAUUAUUCUUAGUUGGAUUCCUACAAGUGAUCAAUAUGGUCCACAGGGAUUUUGUGCCGGAGCUGUUGAUAGCACGGAUGUUCAAUCAGAUCAAUGGUGUAUAACUUUUUUAGUUGGUUUUGACUCACCUGAUAUCAUUCGACCAAGUGUUGUUCAAGGUUCAGCUUCACCAAUUGGCACCGUAUUUCAAAGUCAAACCAUUUUCUCAAUUCAAAUCAGUCGGCCAACACGUAAUGGUACUUACAUUCAUUUUAAAGAUGCUACUACAAAUACAAUUGUACAAUCAUAUGAUUGUGGUUGGGAACCAGAAGUAACAUAUACUGGAUUUACAAUUGUUAUUCGUUUUCCAACUGCACCAUGGAUUAUAGGACAUUCAUAUUAUGUCAUGUUUGAUAGUGAUCAGUCUCUAUAA